UAUAUAUACCGACUUCACAGCUGCUUCAACCCCCCUCAUUCUAGUCAUCUGUUCUGUUCCCGCGACUUGGAUAAAGAGUCUUCUUCUAGGGUUAGGGUUUUCAUCAAGAAGAAAGAGAAAGAUGAUCGAGGUGGUGUUGAACGAUAGACUGGGGAAGAAGGUGAGGGUUAAGUGCAACGACGACGACACCAUCGGAGACCUCAAAAAGCUCGUCGCCGCUCAGACUGGAACCCGGGCCGACAAGAUCCGGAUCCAGAAGUGGUACAACGUCUACAAAGACCAUAUCACCCUUAAGGACUACGAGAUCCACGACGGCAUGGGCCUCGAGCUCUACUACAACUAGGUAUUGUAUGUUCAAGUGUGCGGUAAUAAGUGCGAGAUGAAGAUGGAGAUGGAUGGCACGAUUGUUGCACCCAGGCAUUGGAAUUUGGCACUCUCUUUUAUGUAAUGUACCUACAGACAAGUGCAAUACUGUAAUGAUAAGAACUAGAAGGCUGUGUGAUACAAGUAAUAUUUCUGUUUAGGGUAUAUUGGUUUGCUGGUAUAAAUAAGAACAACUUCUCGGAAUUAAGGUUU